AUGACCUCUGGGACCUUUGGCUGCUCGAGAUGGGGAACUUGCCGGAGAUGGUCAGCAAAGAAGAAGAUGCCGGCUUUUCUUACGCUCUGCCUGUUGGCCCUCAGUGCCUUCAUGUCGAUGAGCAUCGACUUGACUGAUCCAGCCUUGCUCACCGAGAAGAACGUCAGUCACAGAGGAAGGCAACAAGUUGAGCCGAACACGAUCUGGGCACUUGAGUUGAGGGCUCUCAUUGGCCAAGUCUUCCAGCAAGCCGUGGGGUACCAUGGAGAGGCGGCGCUGUGCUGCGCCUUUGCCGCGUGGUCGCUCCGCCGUGGGGGUUGGCUGCUUGUGGAAAGCCCCAAGCCCUGCCAGGCCGUUUCAUGGUUCCUGCUGGGAGCAGCGAUUAGCAUUUGCUGGGCGUUACACCCGACGACCGCGCCAUCCUUGACUUUGAGGCAUCCGGACUCGGAGACAUCCAUGGAGUUCACCCUAGCCGUCGCAUGCCAUGGCGGGACAUUUUUCGCAUUGUUUCCAGAUGCCGGCUCCUACAUUGUCGGGGCAUUUGCGAGUAUUUUUACACUGCAUCUCACCCAAUUCAGCUCCUUCCAUGCUGCGCCCAAUGCGACGCACUCACGGACGUGGUUGGACUUAUUUGCCGGAGUUCUAGGCGGUUAUGUGUGCAGCCGGUAUAAGAAGUCGUCCAUGGGUGUACUCACUGCCUGGGCUGGGAGUGCGGCACUGGCGCUGAGUAUUCACUGGUGGCUCUGCAGGACCUUGUUGUUUCUGGGCCGAAGGGACGCUAAGCUCUACGACACUCCAGCCGAACACUGGCUUGCGCUGGUGUCAGACCAGAAUUGCUGUAUGGCGGCUCGAUAUUCCUUCCUGAUGCUGUGGACAGCUUUGUUUGUGGCCGCACGGCGCAUUCAAACCGGGACCACCAAGCGCACCAAGAAAGAGGAGUACAAUGACUGGUUUCAGGAGCAGAUCCGGCAGGCGCCGCAGGACUGCGACAAGGUGCCCAGGAUGCCCGGCACGGAGGCGGCGCCGGCGCUGGUGCCGUGCCUGCUGGAUCUGCCGCAGGAGAGCAAGUCAACUAUUUCCUUGCCUGAGCAGAAGGAGGACUGCGGAAUGUACCUCUUGCCGGAGGAUCCAGUGAUGAGGCGCUCGAAGACUGUUCCUCUUCCCGAUGUAGACCGCAAGGUGGAUUUGGUCGACCUGGAGGCGCCCAUGACGCCAGCGGUGUGGCCUGAUUUCUUCCCGGUGGUCUCUCAUUCAGCUCCGGUGGAUGCGUCGCCCGCGGCGCCGGCGGCUUUGCCCCCGGCUUCGCCGCCAGCGGCGCCGGCGGCUUCACCGCCCGUGGCUUCGCCGGUGAAGGCUUCGAUGCCUGUGCCGCCCGUGGCUCCACCGGCGGUGCCGGCCUUGGCGCUGGCGGCUUCACCGCGCGCGGCUCUGGCCCCCUCGACGCCGCGCCGCCCCGCCACGCCGAGGUCCGUGACAGGAGAGGCUCCGGCAGCGUCUCCGACAGUUCAAGCGGUGGCUGCAGGGAAGGCUCCGAUUCCGAUGCGUCGUCGCUACACCACCCCGAACCGGGACAUCCACCCGCGGUCCAUCAGCAAAAGCUCCAGGGAUUUGCCCAACAUGAACUCGCGCCUGGGGCUUCCCAGCCGGGACAUCUUCAAGAAGGCCAAGGAGAAGCCGGAGAACUCCGACUCGGCGUUGCUCUUGCUGGACUGGGGGGUGGCGCCUGAAUACGCAGGCGCUGCCGGCGACCUUCAGCUCGCGAUCCGCUGGCCGCUCUCAGCCGCUAGAUUCUCAGAUCGCUUUCCCGGCGGCGGCAUGGGAGGCCCAGCGGGGAAUCCCUACGCCAACAACCGGCAUGCCGAUGUGCUCAAUGAGGCGCCGCAGGAUGAGCCUGCGAAGCUCCGUCUUUGUGAGGAGGUGAAGAACCGUGCCAAGGGCGCCUUCAUGCAGAAGGACAUGCCCAGCGCGGAGCUGCUGUAUGGCAAGGCCAUCGACCUCCUCGCCUCAUUGCCGGGGAAGUCGGAGCCGGCGCUGUACUCCAACAGAUCCAUGGUUAGACUAAACCUCAACAAGGUCGAGGGUGCCCUCGAAGACGCCAAGAAGUGCCUGGAGCUGGACGCGAAGUUUGUGAAGGCGUACCACCGCAAGGCCCAGGCCCACCUUCGGCUGAACGACUGGGAUGAGGCCAUCAAGACGGCCGAGGAGGGCUUGAAGCUGGAGCCCGAGAACAAGUCGUUCCAGGAGCUCAUUGACAAGGCGCGACAGGACAAGGUGAAGGACGCGGAGGACAAGGCGAAGCUCAAGGCGGACGCCCAGGAUGUGCGCGUGGAGCUGCACAACGCCUCGACGGCAAGGGCCCCGCCCAAGCCGAAGGAUGGGGACAAAGAGAACGAGUCCAGCGAGUUCCGGGGGUACAAGAAGACUGCGGAUGGGAAGACCACCUCCUACUUCCACACCGAGAUCUCCGAAGAGGCGAAGCAGCUGAUCGAGGCCCAGGGCUUCGGGAAGCCGAAGAAGCUGGACACGCCCGUGGAGACCGGGGACGUCAAGGGCGGUGGCAGUCAGUGGAACCAGGCGGGCACCUACGAGGAGAAGGGCAUGACCAAGUGGCUGGAAGACCGCCUGAAGUCGGGCCUGGUCGGGGUGAAGUUUGACCUCCCCCGCGGAGGAUGCAUCUCCACCACGGGCGUGGCGGACCUGAAAGGCGACUGCUCCAUCUCCGUGUCGCGGGGCAAGCGAAGGCACCUCCUGGACGUGUCCUUCAAUGUUGAGUACGAAGCCAAGGUGGGGGACUGCAGCGGCAAGGGCACGCUGGCCUUCACCGAGGUUUCGAGCGAUGGAGAUGAGCCGGAGGUGAAAAACGAGCCCUCCGGCGAUGUUCCACCAGCCAUCCGAGAGGUGCUGGACGCCUUUGUGAAGCCGGGUGGGCAGGGCCUGCAGCCGCUGCUGCUCGCGGAAGUCAAGAAGAUGAUCGAGGAAUACAAGGGCCAAUGAGGCCGCAAGGUUUGAUCCGUAUUCCUCACCCCAGUUUUCUGGUUUCACGCCGAAUUCGCCGCGUCUCGCGUGCCCUUCGCCGGGCCUCCGGCCCAGCACGCGGCGGGUCACAUGGAUCCCUGUGUUUCAUGCGCAGGAAUGCAUGCAGAGACCAUAAGACCAGCUGUACAGCGAAGGUCUUUACAGGC